AUGUAUUGGGUGGAACCCGGAGUAGAGUGCUCUACAUGUUUACGCUGUCAACAAGCGGACCGGUCAAAUGAACGUAAAUAUCGCGAUGAACCAUUCAAAAAGAGAAAUAGGCAAGCUACAAUUGAAGUUGCAGAAAGUGUGUCGGACUCUAGCCCAGAUGUGAAUAUCGAACGCAUGGUUACCAGCCCUCACAAAUAUCCAAGUCCUGGAUGGCUCGGUACCUCCAGCUACCAGACACUCUUUGAUCACAUUCCAAUCAGGGACUAUGACCCUUGGAAACUGUCGCCACCAUGGCAAACAUGUCUCAUGGCUAAGCUGGUGGACCAAAUGCAGCGGCUAUUGUCGUUAUCAUCCUGUUACUCCAUGCUUCAACAAUGGCCGGCCCAAGAUACCAACUUGGCGCUAGCAGGCAUCGUCGUGGAUAACUGUGUCGAAACUAUGCAACAUCUCUUCCAAGAAAACCCUGAAACAUCUAUCAAUAAUGUUGAAACGGCCAAGCUACUCUUUGCCAAGAGCGUCCGUCCCAUAACCACAGAUUCAGCAGCUACUCUAGAAGAUCACGCCUCCCAAUUCUGGCAGAAAAGUGCUCGAUGGGAGACUCUCGGCCUAUUUUCAACGGCGGUAUCAAGAGCAGCUAUUGACAUGAGUGACGCUCAAGGUUCAUGCAAAGCCAAUAUGACGUGUUGUGGCCUCUCGCGACUAGCCAUGCAACUCUCAGAUACAUUCCUCGACAUUGCGGUUUCACUUGAUUGCUUGAAUGGCUUCCAUUCUUGGAAAAGGCUCGGAGAUGUUAUAAGCGCUCUAUUCGCUCUAAGUUUCAAACAUGCUACUGGUGGACUUGACAACAACAAGCGUAGCGGCCUUGGGCGCGCCUUGGUCGAAGGGUCGAGAAGAAGUGGAACGAAUGUUUGA